UCGGGGCGCCGCACGUGCUCUUCGCCCUCGGGCGGAGAGGCCGCCUACCAGCCCCAGCGCCCUCCCGCCUCCGACUCUGCAGGCCCCGCGCUCCCCGGCCUCUCCGCGGGGAAGCGCGGGUGGCGCGGGCGGCUCUCUAGAGCCCGUGGGCGCCUGGCGGGGUGGUGGUCGAGCCUUGGCCGUCUUGCCCGGCAGAGGUGGGAGGCGGGAGGGGGAGUCCCGCAGAUCCGGCCUCGCGGCAGCCUCCUAACCUUCCCGCCGGUUCUAGGCCUGCUCCAGGGGCAUCCUUGCUUAUCCUACCUGCAUAAUCAUCUCCCUCUAGGGCCCUCUUUUUCCCUCCCUCACUGUCCGUCGAAGGCCUAGACUUAGUGAGGGUGGCAAAAAGGGCUGUACCUUGGGGGAGUAAGAUAUGUAUUUUCUCUGAAUUCUGGUUGCCGCUAAGGGCCUGCGAUUCUCUACAGGGGACCCAGGAUACAGCACUGGCCAGGCCCAGGUGGGGACCCACCUGACAGUGGUCACUGCUGCCUUAGCCUUGCUGCCCUCACGGCCUGGGGCUUCGGCCCUCAAGCCGAUUUGAGAGCCAGAAGCUCCCCUAGGAAGCCCGCUUCUCAUUCUGACCUCCCAGAGAGAUGCCUGGAGAGGGGCCAAGUUUAUAUACUGGGGUUGGGGUGGGGUCCUGUGCCCACUCCUCUUGUCCCUGCAGUCCGUCCUUCCGGUUCCUGUCUAUUCGAGCCUCCAGUCGCAUCAUGCUUCCUCUUGCGGCCCCACAGGCUCAUUCAGCCCCGGUUUUUCCUGCCUCAUGCCUUUUGCACACGUUGUUCCUGCUGCCUGCGGUGCCCUCCCCACCUCCAUUACCUUAGCCAAGUUAGCACCUAGGGGAAGUGACCCAUCAGACUAAGAAUUUCCUCGUUUAAGUGCUUUCAGAGUUUCUUGUGCUUCGGUGCUAUUAUCACAGCUGUAAUUUUGCAUUUGUUUUUGUGGUCACUUAACUCUCUUCUCCAGUAGACUGCUCCGUGAACGCAAAGUCUGUGUGUACUGUUCACUACUGUAUCCCCAUUGCUUGGUUGAGCACCUGGCACCCGUGGCAACCACCCAUUACAUGUUUGUGGAGUGAUUCAUACAUACUACACACUCUGAAAGAUGAAUGGAGCUUCGGGGGGCAGGUACUCAGGUGCCAUGGCGACUUUGGCCCCGCCCCAAGUCCCUGCCAGAGAACACCUGGGGUUGGAGCAGGUCUCUGGGCCGGGACACGCGGAUCCCCACCCACGCAGGCGCAUGAGCCAAAGGGGCCUGGUGACUGUCUCACCCAACCUUGUGGUCCAUGUGCCUGAGACACCCAGGGGUCCCUGGGGGACUGGUGUGUGUCCUUUCAGGAGGCUGUGACGUUUGGUGAUGUGGCUGUGCACUUCUCACGGGAGGAAUGGCAGUGUCUGGACCCUGGCCAGAGGGCCCUCUACAAGGAGGUGAUGCUUGAGAACCACAGCAGUGUGGCCGGACUAGCAGGAUUCCUGGUCUUCAAGCCUGAGCUGAUCUCCCGGCUGGAACAGGGGCAGGAGCCAUGGGUCCUCGACCUGCAAGGAGCGGAGGGGAGAGAGGCAGCCAGGACCUCCCAGGCAGAUUCUACAAUCGGGACCGAGAGUGAGCAGGCCUGUGAAGACAUUGACCGUCUAAAAUCAGAAUCCCAUGUGGUCAUGGUCAAAACCCCGUCCCAGGACUUUCCCCAGAGUCCUGGCUUUGGAGAUGCCUCUGAUCCCGAGGUCUGUUCAGAGAGUCAGCCAACCUCCCUCUUCCAGAAAAACUGCUUGAAUAUAGGGACUGUGGCUCCCAGGGAGACCUUCGCUGAGGAAGAGGCCCAGGGGUGUGGCGAGCGGGGGAGUGGUGGCCGCCUGGGUUGUCGACGUGAUCAAAGUCAGGGGUCCUUGCAAAGAUGUGACAUCUGUGGUAGGAGUUUCCGAUCUACUUCAGAUGUCUCUCUGCAUCAGGAAAUUAAUACACAGAAGAGACCUAACAGCUGCCAGGAGUGCCAAAAAAAAUUACCUGAUUGCUUACAGGGGAGACAUCUGAGUACCUUGCAUGGCGAGAAGCCGUAUGAGUGUGAGGAGUGUGGGAAGGUCUUCAGGUUGUGCUCACAGCUUACUCAGCAUCAGAGGAUCCAUACUGGAGAGAAGCCGUUUAAAUGCACCGAGUGUGGGAAGGCCUUUCGUCUGAGCUCGAAACUCAUUCAGCAUCAAAGGAUUCACACUGGGGAGAAGCCCUACAGGUGUGAGGAAUGUGGAAAAGCCUUUGGUCAGAGCUCUAGCCUCAUCCACCAUCAGAGGGUCCACACGGGAGAGAGGCCCUAUGGCUGCCGGGAGUGCGGGAAGGCCUUCAGCCAGCAGUCUCAGCUGGCCAGGCACCAGAGGACCCAUACGGGAGAGAGGCCCUACCCAUGCCAGGAGUGUGGGAAGGCCUUCAGCCAGAGCUCAACCCUAGCUCAGCACCAGCGGAUGCACGCUGGGGAGAAACUUCAGCUCCCAAGAGCCCCAGAUAGCCCCAGCCUGGUUGCACAUCAGAGGUUGCAUGCUACCGAGAAACCGUUUAAGUGUGACGAGUGUGGGAAGGCUUUCCGGUGGGUCUCCCGCCUUAGUCAGCAUCAGCUGACGCAUACUGGAGAGAAACCUUAUAAAUGCAACAAGUGUUCAAAAGCCUUUGGUUGCAGCUCACGGCUUAUUCGCCACCAGAGAACUCACACUGGAGAAAAACCAUUUAAGUGUGAAGAAUGUGGGAAAGGCUUUGUCCAGGGCUCACACCUAAUUCAGCAUCAGAGAAUUCACACUGGAGAGAAGCCCUAUGAGUGCAGUGACUGUGGGAAGGCCUUCAGCCAGAGCUCAAGCCUCAUUUACCAUCAGAGGAUCCAUAAAGGGGAGAAGCCCUACGAGUGCCUCGAAUGUGGAAAAGCCUUCAGUAUGAGCACACAGCUCACAAUACACCAGCGGGUGCACACGGGGGAGAGGCCCUAUAAGUGCAGUGAAUGUGGGAAAGCCUUCAGUCAGAACUCCACCCUUUUCCAGCACCAGAUCAUUCACGCUGGGGUGAAGCCCUAUGGAUGCAGCGAGUGUGGGAAAGCCUUCAGCCGGAGCUCGUACCUCAUCGAGCACCAGAGGAUCCACACUCGAGCCCAGUGGUACCACGAGUAUGGGAAUACUCUGGAAGCUUCUACCCACGUGAGCCGUAAGAAAGUUAAUACUGUAAAGAAACUUCAUAAAUGUAAUGAAUGUGAAAAAAUAUUCAGAUGGCGCUCGCAUCUAAUAAUACACCAGAGAAUUCACACUGGAGAGAAACCUUAUAAAUGUAAUGAAUGUGGCAAAGCUUUUAAUAGGAGCUCAAGGCUUACUCAGCAUCAGAAAAUUCACAUGGGAUAGACCACUCACCUUUACGAAUGUGUAUAAAUGUGAAUAAACCUACAGCCUUAACUUAUUAUGGGAUCAUUUAUACUGACGGUUUAGAAUGUUGUGAAAGAUUCAGAAUUGCUCUCUUAGGAGAGAGAACAUCCAGAUUCACAUGAGGUAUAUGUUUAUUUGCUGGCACGUUUGACCUUCAGUAAAGCCCGUGUCCCUCACAUCAAGGUGCACAUGUGUAGCAUUUGAGUUCACAGAGGGAAGACCCCAGGUCCUGCGGACGAGGAAGAGGCAUGAGAAAAGCCCCGUGAGCCCCGCCAGACGAGUGGGUUGAAAGAAGUUACCCAGGACGUCUUCCUUAAGCACCAGGUACUCAGACUGGCUUCAGCAGCAAGAUAUGCUCACUCGUGUCCGCGGGGCCCCAGGCAGCGUGGCCGGUCCCCCUCACCUGACUCCCCCGGCAGGGCCUCUGGGGAGGAGCUGGCUCCAGCAGCAGUGCCCGGGCCCGGGGACAGUGUCACUGGCCCACCCUACGUCCAGAGCCCAGCUGCUUUGGUUACAAGGAUCAGAUGCGCAGCCCUCACUGGGAUUCCCAGCCCGGCCCUCAGCAUUGCAGGAGACUCACCUCAGUCCCGAGAACACCACCAGAGGCUAGGAUGUGUGUUGUUGGCUGCUGCUGGCUAGACGUCCUCAAAACUCCAGCCACGGGGACUGCCCAAACUGGGGGGUCUGCGAGCAGACACACGAGCCCGUGCCUUCUCACAGGCCUGAGGACGGUGGAGAUGCCUGCUCACCAGGAUCAGUGUGUCGGCGUGGUCUUGUGGGCCCCACAGGUCCCAGGGCAGAGGGCCCCACGGGUGCUGAGCAACGGGUGCGCGUGAGCGAGCCUGCUCCGCCCACAUCACCUUCUCCCUGGGUUUUCUCUGCCAGCCCAGCCUGGAGAAACAGCCAGGGUAGAGUGGUCAGGGCCCUUGGUUUCUUGGCACGGGUGGAAAGAAUGUGCAGGGGAGAUCACCGCUCCGCCCACCCCUCUGGUGAACCUGACUGACAGGCUGGGGCUGCGGAGCAGCUCACAGAGCAUCUCAUCAAGGCCUGUGAGCCACAGGAUGAGGCUGACAUGUAGCAUCAAGUCCAGCCCUGCUUGGGGCCCUGGACUCGGCAGUGGUGACUCGGGACCAGGUGUGUCAUUUGCACAGGCUGCCACCCAGGACCACCCCCCGAGACCUGCCAAUCUUUGGUGCCAUUGCCAAUAAUCACAGGCCAAGGGCGGCCUGCCACAGAGAAGCCACUUCUCCCAUGUACGGACAGGUGAACCUGAGGGACAUAGGUCACUUCAGGAUUUAUUGCAACACAACUUGGGUCACCAUCACACUGGUUGGGUGAAGCCCAGAUCGCCUUGUGCGACAUGGCCCAGAAUCAGCCCAUGGGUUUGUAUCAGGGGAAACUGCUGCUCCGUGUGUACUGGAGGGCCUGUUGGGGCUGGGGACAGUGGAGUUCAGGGUGGCCGAGUUCACGUGAGUUUUCGUUCUCAGCACGUGGACAGGGACUCAGCCCCACGGCAGCUCAGCCUGAUCUGCCAGUUCACCUGACAAAAGGUAUGACAUGUUCUCAGGUUGUAGUGUUGUCUCUGGGGAUGAGGAUCAUCCCCCAAACUGCACCUUCGGGGGUGUUCCCGCCCUGGGCGGAGGACACCAUGCAGUCAUUGUGCCCCUGCAGCAGCUGUAACCCCAUCUCCCCGGCCGUCCCCUGCUCCACCCAGAGCUUGUGUCUGAAGGGUCAGUGCGAGAGUGCAGGGACUUCUACAGACUGUGCAGAGAUCGUGUUCCCGCCUCGGCUGGUGUGCUCAACCAGGUGGUCACCGCCAUCAGAGCCGGGCAGGGUGGGCACAUGUGAGUGGGCUGCAUCUUAGGCUUUGUGAGCCACCCAAGGAUGGGACAAGAGUCAGGGUCCCGGUGCUCGUGCCACACGCGCCCUCCACUGGCGCCUGGUGCCACCAUGUGCUGGAAGGGCCUCCCGAGGCCCCGUGCUCUCGCCUUCUGGCUCUGUGAAGGCUGUUUGUCGCUGGGUGUGCCGUCCCCACAAGGGAUUUGUCUCCUGGCCACUUUCUGGUAAUGAUGGACAAAGGGAUGGAAGGCCUCUGGACUCCAGGUUCUGCACUGGGUAGGAUGCUUCUGUUUUCCCCUAACAGCACUUGCAGGCUGGCCAAAAAGGGCCAGAGGGACCAGCCUUAAAUCUGUUUCAGCACCUGGAUUCUUUCUGGAUCAGCACAGUCCUAAGUCGGGCUGGCUGACUGUGUGGCCCGUGGGCCAAAUGCGGACCUGUGCCCACAUCUGUGAGGCCUGCUGAUCAGCCUGAAGGCACUGGGACCUACACGGCCCCCAGAACCUGAGCCAGAGUCAGUCCUGUAAAUGCCCUCAUGUCCAGGAACUCAAUCACAGACAGCCAAGGAGUAAGGCAGCUGCUUGAGCUGUAGCCCAUCUGACGCUCCGCCUUCUGGCUCCGCCUCUUGGCUCCGCCUCCGAGGGCCCUGUGGGCUCCUGAGCGCUUCAGCUUUUGGUGCUGCUCCCAACCCAUGGUUGCUCGGAUCAGCGUCAGGGUUUUAAUGUGCCUGCUUUUACCUUUUAUCAGGCCACGAGCUAAGGGUGGGUUAACGUUUUUACGUGGUUGGGGGGGAAAGACUAUUUUGUGACAUUUGAAAAUUAUAUUGAAAUCGAUUUCAGUGUGACCAAAUAAAGGUUCUUGGAACACAGCUGGCCCAUUUGUUUGCCGGUUGCCUCUGAC